GAGAGAGAGAGAGAGAGAGAGAGAGAGAGAAGGACCGAUCGAUGUUCACGUGACAAUCAACAACGCGAAGUGAAGUUGCCGCGAAAGGGUGCGCGAACAACGGCCAUAUUCAAGGCGAGCCCCGCCGGUCGCCCUGGAUUGGAGACGCAGGGUCGCGAAAACGGUCGCGCGAUCGCGCCCACCGGGAUAGGACGCGGACCGUGAAAGAGGUGCGCGAGAUAACGACGGGAACGAGGAAGCGGAAGGCACGAAGACAACGGUGACAGCGGCGCGAUCUCCUCCUCCCCCCCCCCUUUCCUAUCGCAUCUCGUCGAGAUGGAGUUCAAGUUCAACGUAAAUAAACUCUUGCCCAGGAAGAUCAACAAGGUCACGCACAACCUGGUGCCGGAAGACUUCAAAGGCGAUCGGCGGGAGUUGAACGAAUGUCAAAGACUGCUGAGCAGAAUAUUGGACGAUAUGGGCGAGGCAUCGGCGAGGGCUCAAGGACUGAACAAGCCCAUCACUAGCGCCCUUAAACUGCGGGACACAGAUCAUACGAUUUAUUUGCUUGUAGAUAAUCAGGCGAACAACGGACUCGGUAGCGUAGUGGGAUUACUGAAAACGGGAUCGAAGAAUUUGUUUCUAUUCGACGAAAUGGGAGAGCAUUAUCAGCUGCAGGCGAGAUGCAUCCUGGAUUUCUACGUGCACGAGUCGCGACAGCGUAUGGGCCUGGGCAAUACUCUCUAUCAGCACAUGUUAUCUGAGGAGAACCUUAGGCCAGUGAAAUUGGCAAUUGAUCGACCAUCGGAGAAAUUCUUGGCUUUUCUACGAAAAUACUAUGGACUCUCGAAGAUUAUCCCACAAAAUAAUAAAUUCGUCGUUUUCGAAGGAUUCUUCAAUGACGAGAGUCGAGACGUGAGGAGCAACAGAUACAGCUUACCUCCAAGAAUGAGUUUGGACGACGGUACGUCAGCUAACAACAACGACAAUAACGGGAGAAACGGUGCUAGUCUCAACGGUGUACCGUACGUGGCGUCCGUUUCACGUAGCUCAUUUGGUAGAUACGCCGCGGCACGACCGCCCUGUUCCAUGGCAAAUAUAAUCCAUAACACAGCGAUGCUUGGUCAAUCAGCCGAGCAUACCGGCAAUGACGACAGCCGCAGACCAAGCCAUCAUAAAAGAGAGGAAGAAGAAGCUCAUAUCAUCAAUAAGAGAGAAGAAGACGAAGGCGACAGCCGCAGCGACGCGUCGCCGCCUCCACCGUUGAAACUGGAGCGGCCGCGUUCCCUGAGCCUCUACUCCGAGGAGGAGCAGAAGCAGCGUAGCCUCGAGAUGAACACCGUCCCGACGCCCGUCGUGCCGGAUAAUCAAACCAAGCCCUUCGUCCCUGUCCUGCUGGAGCCCGAGAAAACGGAGAAGAACGUGAAACCGUCGCCGUCGUGCGGCCAGGAAGUGGCCACCGGCACCAAUCAACACGGCCACUUGGAUCUUAAGUUCUACCAUUCACCCUUAUGGUGAAACGAUCUGGCUGAUACGUAAUUAUCUUCCUCGUUGCUUUUUUUUCCCCCGGGAAGCUUAGGAGCGGAUCAGACCUGGGUUAACGCUAAACUUGAUUUUCCUUUCCUAUUUACGUAGAUAGAAUUAAUAAUAAUAAAUCUAGGAGGGAAAAAUAGUCGCUAACUCACAGUUGAAGCACUGCGAUAGACGAUUUUAAAUUUAUAUAUUUUUUUAUAUUUCUUUUUAUAUAUCUAAUAUAGUAGAAGCGUUUCUCUCUAAUUCUUUUUGUUUAUAAGACUGUAGCGAUGUAUCGUAAAUACAGAAUUUGCAAAAGUAUUAAUUAAGCAAAUCAAUGUUUACGUUAAAGAAUUGUGUUAAAUAUUUAAAAUUUUUUAUUUUGUCGCUUU